CAUAAAUCGUUUUCCCAACACAUGGGGAAACUUCUGCCACAGGCACGCCACUGCUUAUCCACAAGAGCAACGACACAUUAAAGUAAUAACGUCACCUCUGUGGUAAAAUGUUGUAGGACAAUGCCGGGCUAGCUAACUAAAUUAGAGGGCUGGUGAUUCAUACAGCUGAUGUGUCUCUAUUUCAAGAGUGAAACUCCACCGGUUCAGAACAGCCCGUCUCUAAGAAUUAUAAUAAGAACAGAACUGGUCAGCCAGGGUAAUGAGCAGAAGGCUAGGAAGGCUAGAACCGAGAAAUGAAGGAGAGCUUCAGUUAGUGUCUUGCUCGCCCCUUCACUCGUUUUUUUUAUGGAGGCGCUCUUCCCUCUUCUAUCUGGCUUUUCGGGGAGCAGGUGCUAGAAAUAGAGGUUAAGCAUCUCCACACAUAAAGCUAUACGGUGUGGUUUUUACGGUGUCGAGUUAUUGAUCCGCCUAAUCGGAACGGAAGAUGGUAGCCAAACAAAGGAUUCGGAUGGCCAACGAGAAGCACAGCAAAAACAUCACUCAGAGGGGCAACGUUGCUAAGACGCUGCGACCACAAGAGGAGAAAUAUCCAGUGGGGCCGUGGCUUUUGGCACUCUUCGUAUUUGUUGUUUGUGGUUCAGCCAUCUUUCAGAUCAUUCAGAGCAUCCGGAUGGGCAUAUGAGCUCCAGCACGGUCCGCGUCCUCUACCUUACACGCCCAUGAGAGCCAAGGCUGUGAUGCACAAUCUGUGGGAAACCUGGAGGCUUUAGGAUUCUGAAUGUGAGCUGUAUGCUAAGGAGCCAAGUCCUGUGUACAGUACAGAACAUCGUCAAUCACUUGUUUACAAUGUACCAGGACCACAGGAACAAGUGCUUUUCUACAGAACCAUUGUGGCUGGCGUUGCCCCCUUAUGUCACAUCAUGGAUCAUAUUUGUUUCUGCAAUAGAUAGCGUGCUUUUGUGAUCAUUAACUAUGUGCCACAAUCUGUUUCUAUAUUUGUCCUGUAAGAACUUUUUCAAAUAAAUUACACAUUUGGGAA